AUGGACAACGCGGAGUUAGAUCUUUUGGGCAACUAUGAAUCGCCCCAAGAUCUAGAGCUUCCAUUAUUGCUUGACUACAAGUUGAAUGUUUAUCACUGCAACCAUGUUCUUCAAAGGAGAGACGAUGUUCUUAAGUAUCAACAGAUUUGCUAUGCACUUUCAGAUAUGCGACUCUAUCACCCAUCCUUACUUGCCCAACUUUGGGUCCCCAUAGAAUUUAAAUUUGGGAUUGUACUUACGACAUGUGGUCAGCCAUUUGGACUUUCCAGGUACACAAAUAAACUUGGGUCAUACCGUGUAGCGUGUUUAGACUACAAUUCCUAUGUAGAUCAUAACACAAAAGUGCGCAUAGGGCCUCCUGGCCGCGUAUUGCGCAAUAAGUCUCCUGAAUGGGUUCAAGAUGUGACAAAAUACAAUGAUAAGCAGUAUCCUCAACUAGAAGCCGCAAAGUGUUCUAAGAUAAGAGGAUCGUUCUUCAUGCCUGUGAUAAAAGGCGGUCAAUGUAUUGGUGUACUGGAGUUUGCUACGACUAUUCCAAAGGAUGAUUUUGCAUAUGAAAUGGGUGAAGUUUGCAGGGCUCUUGAGAAGGUGGGCUUAACAUCAUCAGUCAAUAAUGAAAGCAUCAACUUUGAGACUUUGGAAGAUUACUCUCCCAUGUUAGAGUCCGGUGAUACCCAAAAAAUGCAUCGUGAUUCAAAGUCGAAGAAGAUCACUCGUAAUGAUAUUACCAAACUUUUUGGACUGCCUAAGGCGGAUGCUACAUAUAUUUGCCGUAUUUGGUAUAAUUUUACAACACUAUCAGAGAAUACCUUUACGGAGGCUCAUCAGAGGUACGGGGUUGAUAAGUGGCCAUGUAUACGAAGUGAGAUAGUCAAAUCGUCUGCGCAUAAAGCCCUAAUUGAACAUGCGAAAGCAUUUCUUAUUACUAGUUCUGAUGUAGCUCGGCGGAUCAAACCUCGUACGUUUGUUAAAUUCUAGAAUGUUUUUGGAUCGAUUAGAAUGUGUAUAUCUUCUGAUUUAAAAUUGUUUUCACCUUUGGAAACUGCAAACGGUAAAAGAGUUCAAGAACAAGUUGAUGAGAGUGCCAGCCCAGUUCUUUUGGAACUGUACCAACACAAAAUCAAAAGAUCGCGAUACUAAGUUGGACACAGAUCGAACACCUUUUGAGCGAGUUUUGGAAACUUGCAUAAAGGUUUGAAGAUGGUUGAUUUGAUAGAUUAUCAAAGGCGGUAUAUAUGUGCUGAUAUAUUCAACAUUCAAUGUUUUGUGAAACUUAUAUUAUGAGACUUCUAGCUAGAAAUGACUUGAUUAAUAUAUGUACGUAUUUAAGGA